CCAGAAGUCCCUGUCCUGGAUGUCGCGGGUUUGACUCUGUCAGCAGACUGUCUCUCCAUCCUUCAGCAGGUUGCUGUGUACGGACAGGAUCCGCUGCCCCGACCCCCUGUGGACUGAACCGAACCGAGCCGAACUGUGCCGAACCGAGGAGUGGAGUCCACCCCGAUCCGAGCCGAGCGGAGCCGAGCCGUUCUGAGUUCAUCCUGGAGUCAGUUUGAUUAGCGGGGAGUCCGCGGCAGUGUGUCCGUAUGUAUGGAGGCUUCGAGCGGCCCGAGACGGAGGAUUAUCCCGCUGCUGGUUCUGCUGCUCUGCUGUUCCGCCGCUCCGGGACAUGCCGAGAGGGCGUGUCACUGCAACGGGAAGUCGUUGUGUCACUGUGAUGGAGUCAAAGGUCAAAAGGGUGAACCUGGUUACCGUGGAGAAGAUGGACUUCCUGGAAUGGUUGGAUACCCUGGAAAUGAGGGUCACCAGGGGCCACUAGGAGAGAAGGGUGAACAAGGACCAGCAGGAAGUCCAGGACUGAAAGGCUCUCGGGGUCUUCCAGGGAAACCAGGUUUCCCAGGACCUCCAGGACUGCCGGGACUUCCCGGGCACGAAGGACCAAUUGGACAAUCUGGAUUCCCAGGAUGCAAUGGGACAAAGGGAGAUGUUGGAUACCCAGGAUUCCCUGGGGUUCCAGGGGCUGCUGGCCUUCGAGGUCGACCUGGACUGCGAGGUACAAAGGGAGAGUCACUGGUCUACCCCAUCACUCAGGAAAUUAAAGGAGCAACAGGACCACAAGGACCAGAUGGAGAAAAAGGGCUAAGGGGAGAUCCAGGUCAACUAGGACUAACAGGACCAGCAGGACCCUCUGGAAUUCCUGGAAGGUUGGGGUUGCCGGGAUUACAGGGAGAGAAGGGUCAGGAGGGACCCAGUCCAGUGAUCCCGGGUCCUCGAGGACUGAAGGGUGAUCGUGGACCUCCAGGGAUUCCAGGACAGAAAGGAAUCAAACUGUAUGCUGAGGGACCCAAAGAGCUGAAGGGAGAACCAGGUGACUCUGGAGAUAAAGGUUGUCUUGGACCUCCUGGUGUGCGGGGGAGACUGGGGGUGAAAGGACAGAAGGGAGAACGAGGUGACCCCGGCUCACUGGGUAAACAGGGGAAGGACGGACUCAUCGGAGAGCUGGGAUCUCAGGGUGACCCAGGGGAUCGUGGGUACCUUGGUCCUCCAGGUAUUGAUGGAGCCAGGGGGGAGAAAGGUGAACUAGGUCCUCCAGGUCAACCAGGAGAGAUGGUCUGGAAUCACAGAUUCCUGAAGGGCACCCUUGGUGACCCUGGGCCCCAUGGACCCCCAGGAGCCCCUGGAAAACGAGGACUCAUUGGUUUUCCUGGACUGCAGGGCGAGCCAGGUGUGGCUCCUAUUGGGCCACCAGGACCCCAGGGGCAACCUGGUUUGACUGGACCCAAAGGAGAACUAGGAGAGCCAGGGCCUAUCAUCAUCGGGCCCCAAGGACAGACUGGAGUCCCAGGAGGUCAGGGAGCUGAAGGAGAACCAGGAGAACCAGGAAUCCCAGACUUCGUGCUAGGAGAUGUUGGUCUUCCAGGACCUAAAGGUCCACCAGGCCUGUUGGGACUUCCUGGGACCAGAGGGCAGAAUGGACAGACAGGUGAGAAGGGUGAAAUGUGCUCGGUCUGUCCUGUUGUUUCUGCCGCACCUGGACCUCCAGGUAAACCAGGAGAACCAGGUGAAAACGGGCUGCUAGGUUCAGAUGGUUUUCAAGGACCCAAAGGUUACACAGGGGUCAGAGGUAUCAGAGGACCACCUGGUCAACAGGGCCCCUUUGGUUUCCCUGGUAUCCCGGGGCAACCAGGACCUGUUGGUGACCCGGGGGUCAUGGAGAGAGUGGGGCAGAAGGGUGAAGAAGGACUCCUGGGGGAGCCAGGACCACCAGGUCUUGAGGGGGCAGACGGACUUCAAGGAGUACCAGGACUGAAAGGUGUUCCGGGACAGAAAGGAAACCCUGGGCCUCCAGGACUGAAAGGUGACAGGGGCCCAAUCGGGGACACUGGUCCUAGAGGACUGAUAGGACAGAGGGGACCUCCAGGACCUUCAGGUAUUGGCGCUCCAGGACCUCCGGGACCUCAAGGCAAUGUGGGAGUCCUGGGACAGCGAGGAAGUCCUGGAAAACCAGGUGAAAAGGGUGCUCCAGGUAAAACUGAAACAAACCCAGGAGAACCAGGACAGAAAGGAGAGAAAGGUUUAUCUGGAAACCCAGGACCUGAAGGUGGGACAGGACCUCCAGGUGCUCCAGGAUCUGUUGGUCCAAUUGGAGAAAAAGGAGAUAAAGGAUUCUCUGUGCAGGGCCCCCCAGGCUUCCCAGGGGUGAAAGGACUCAAAGGCUUUCCAGGAGCACCCGGUUUAUCAAGUUUUGGUAUCAAGGGACGAGCAGGGCCAUCGGGCCCCCCAGGGAUGCCGGGUCCAAAGGGGGACAAGGGAAUGGGUUUCCCGGGCCAGCAGGGUCAGUCAGGCCCUCAGGGAGAAGACGGUUCUGUGGGGCCCCAAGGAAUCCCCGGGACCCAAGGAGUAGAUGGAGUUCCAGGACGUCCAGGACAAGAUGGACCACCAGGACCCAAUGGUCAUAGUGGUCUGGAUGGUGUACCCGGCCCUGUUGGUAUUGUGGGACUCUGUUUAGCGGGAGCUCCUGGACCUGACGGAGAGCAAGGACGGAUGGGCGUUAUUGGAUUCACAGGAGCCCGCGGCUCAAAGGGGGUGCAGGGUGAUCCUGGGUUGCUGGGCUUGGGAGCUAUUGGACGUCAAGGACCAUACGGGGCACCAGGGUUUAAUGGACCUCCAGGGCCAGUAGGAGUAGGAGGACUGAAGGGCCUGAAAGGGACCAAUGGGGAGCCAGGAAGCCCAGGUACCAGAGGGGACAUGGGUCCUCCAGGACCUCUUGGGCGUCCAGGAGAUGAUGGAAAACCAGGAGAGACAGGACAACCAGGACCAAAAGGUCAGAUGGGAGUAGACGGUGUCAGUGGUUCUCAGGGGCCUCCUGGGCCUCAAGGGGACAGAGGGGAGCCUGGACCAAAAGGAAUCCAAACUUUUGUUGAGGUGUACGGAGAUCCUGGAGACCCUGGAGACACUGGGCCCAUAGGUUUCACUGGUACUAAAGGAGAGAAGGGCCUCCCAGGACCUCAGGGUUCUGACGGCACCAAUGGCAUACCUGGAAACGCUGGUCCACCAGGACUUCCUGGAGACCCUGGCAGAGAUGGGCAGAAAGGUCCACCUGGUCCCUCUGGUCUCCCUGGUAACCCAGGAGAUAUGGGGCAGCCAGGUGUUAAAGGUGAGAAAGGUUGUGCAGGCCCUUGUGGGAUACCUGGUUCAGAUGGAAAACCAGGAUCAGGAGGACUUAAAGGUGUUAAAGGAGAACCGAGUCCACCUGGACCAGGAUCUACAGGAUGUACAGGAGAGAAGGGGAAUCCAGGAUGUCCAGGACCUUUAGGUACAAAGGGGAAACCAGGAGACCUUGGGAACUUUGGUCCUCCAGGAGACUGUGGCCCCUGUGGCCCCAAAGGACACUCUGGGCCUCCAGGAUGCAGAGGUACUCCUGGAUCUCCUGGUGAAAAGGGUAGUGAUGGUCCUCCAGGACAAAAUGGCCCUCUAGGACCCACCGGUCUCCCAGGUAACAAGGGGGCACCUGGAGAUCCUGGUCCAGCUGGUCCCAGAGGAAAUCAGGGACAAGAUGGGAUACCUGGACCCCCUGGAGAGAAAGGAGCCAUGGGAGCUCCAGGAAUUGGACCCCGGGGCUCAGAGGGGGAGAAAGGUCAACCAGGGUGUGCUGGAGAGAAGGGUCCUCCUGGUCCCUGUGGCCCUCCUGGUCCCACUGGUCCUGGCGGAAACCCAGGUUGUUCUGGACCACCUGGACCCCCUGGUCCUCCUGGUUGUAUUGGCCGGGAGGGAAUCUGCACUGAAGGAGACAAAGGAGCAAAUGGACACCCUGGAGGACAUGGACCAAAAGGUCCGCCGGGCAGUAAGGGUCCUCCUGGUCCUCCAGGUCCUGGUAAUAAAGGAGAGAAGGGCUCUAAAGGAGCAACAGGUACCGCAGGACCACCGGGCUGCUCUGGUGAGCCUGGUCCACAAGGAAAGCCGGGUGAUGACGGACCCCGGGGCCUAACUGGAUACAAAGGCCUGACAGGAGAAACUGGUGUCACAGGACCUGUUGGUUUGAAGGGAGAUGAGGGAUCUCAAGGUUACCCCGGCUCACAAGGACCUCCAGGACCACCUGGGAGGAGAGGACUGAAGGGGAAGGAUGUAUCCAGGGAGGUGAGGCUGAUUCCAGGAGACAAAGGCUUUCCUGGAGAUCAGGGAACCCCAGGACAAAGGGGAACCCCAGGGCUCCGUGGGAGACCUGGACGUCCAGGUGUUAAGGGCAGAGGAGGGCAGGCUGGUAAAAAAGGACCAGGAGGUCGUCCUGGAUUGAAGGGGGAACAGGGAGACCGAGGAUUCCCUGGACCACAAGGUCUGGCAGGUCUACGUGGUCAAGCUGGUGCUAAAGGAGUUGCAGGUCCACCGGGUCCCUGUGUGGAUGCACCAGAGAAGGACGGCUUCCUGUUCACCAGACACAGUCAGAACCUCCUGGUCCCAAAAUGCCCUGCAGGAUCCAAUGAAGUGUACAGUGGAUACUCCCUGCUGUUCAUCAAUGGAAACAACCGAGCUCAUGGACAAGACCUGGGCACAUUAGGCAGCUGUCUCCCUCUCUUUACCACCAUGCCCUUCCUGUUCUGCAACACUGACAGCACCUGUCGCUACGCCUCCCGCAACGACUACUCCUAUUGGCUGUCCACCAAUGAAACGCUGCCAGGCAGCGUCCCAUUCAUCUCCGGGCAGUCACUGGAGAGUUACAUCAGCCGGUGUACUGUAUGUGAGGCCAGAGCCAAUGUGAUCGCCAUCCACAGUCAGACCAGUUCCAUUCCUGACUGUCCUUCUCAGUGGGAUCGUCUCUGGUUUGGAUACUCCUUUGUGAUGGAAACAGGAGUGGGGGCAGAGGGGUCAGGUCAGCCUCUGGCCUCACCUGGAUCCUGUCUAGAACACUUCAGGAAGAUUCCCUUCAUUGAGUGUCACGGCAGAGGAACCUGCAACUACUACACCGACUCCUACAGCUACUGGCUGGCUGCUCUCAACCCCAGUGACAUGUUCAGUAAACCGAAGCCUCAGACUGACAACGGAGAUUUUCCAGGCAGUCUGAUCAGCCGCUGUCAAGUCUGCAUGAAGAGGCUGUGAACAGCAUCAGAGCUGCUACUGAUACUACUGAUACUACCACUGUAAAUACUGCUGCUAACACUACUGACAUUAAUACUACUGACAACAGUGCUACUCUGCCCUGUGUACUCACACCGGCACGGAGUCAACGUGUUGGCCACAGGACAACUUUAAGUGUUGAAGAACGGACCAAUCAAAGAAUAGAUGUCUUCGCCUUCUGCUGUUUUAUAUUUGUUCAUCAUUGUUUAAUUUGCCAACAAAACAACCCAGAAUCAGAAACUGAAUGAAUUUCGUGUUUAAUGCAAUCAGAUUGCAACGUCAGCACACAACAAGCCUAAGUCAGGUUCUUUUGUUGUGUUAUCUACUUGUAGCAGUUUGGUACCAUAUGAAACCAGCUCCUGUAAAAUGAAUGGACCGUAUUAGUGUUAACAUUGGAUUUUAUUUGGGUAUAAUUUGCACUGAUUUUCACCAAGUGGGAGACAGAAAUUCACCAACUCAGAAAGCUGCAGCCAAGUUUUUACCACUCGGCUGCUCGUAACUACAGUUUAAACGAUAUCACAUCAGCGUGGUAUGAGCUCCGUAGUUGGAUGUUUGUUGGUUAAGUGCACCUUGGGAGUCAUACUUGACUUCUCUCUUUCAGUUUUUAUGUCCACGAGCUUCUUGUACCUUUGACUUUUUAUAAAAGAAGCAGCUAUUUUCUGACUUUUUGUUCUGAGUUUAAUGUCCAACACAACCUGAAUAUGAGACCUGAAGUCAUGAUGUCUGAUUCCUCAUUGGAAAUGUCCAGGAAAGCCGAGUGUACUUAAUUGUUUUUAUCACAAAUGAAAACAAAGAAACAAAACAACAGAAAUAAAACUGAAAAAAAUAAUAGAAUUAAUAUAUUAGCAAAGAUAAAAUAUCCAUUUCAGAUUCAAGCAAAGUUCUGAUCAACAGUUUAACUCUUAAUCUGUGAUCAAUAGUUCAUUAGUUAACCCAGUGUUGUUUUGUGUCCAGACACCUCAGAGUGUGUUGCACUCAGUCAUUGCUGGUGUGAGUACACAGCUGCUACUAUUACUACUAUUACUACUACUGCAAAUACUUGUAUAACUCUCACUACUGCUGUUACUGAUGGACAAAGAUUGUUUCGGUCAGUGACUCUGCCUUAAUGUCAAACACACUUUUACUUCUACUUUAAAUUUCUUGCACUGAGAACAACAAAACUAACAAACUACCAGCAGUAAAAUUUACUGUCAAAGGAAAAGCACUUAUGCUGAACAUUUGUUCCUUUCACACAAAAACUAUGGAAAUGUUAAUAAAUGAGUGUUUAGAUACUGGGAGGUCAGAUUGAACUGCAGAACAUGUCUGAAUGUAAAUCUUUAUACUUCAUAGUACAUGAUAACUCCAGCUGACACAUCAGUGUACUGUAGUAACAAGCACAGAUACUUCACUACAGCACCUGAGUAAAUAUAACAGCUUACUUACUACCAUAAUGUAGUAAUACUAUUAGCACUACCAGUAGCAGUAGUAUUAAUAGUAGUAGUUGUCCUGCUUCUACUACCAUUCCUCUUGCAGGAGUAAUAAGACUGGGAUCACCCCUACUAAUGAGUGUAGUGUAGUACUAUGUGUACUACCACUACUACUACUACUGCUGCUGCUACUACUGCUACUACUACUACUAUUGCUACAGUACAGUAGUAUUUUGUGUAUAAUACUUUAUACAUACCCUGAGUUUUUAUAUAAAUCAAAAUCUGACAAUGUACAAGUACUACUACUGGUACUACUACUACUACUGCCACUAUUAUACUGUAAGUAAUGUUAUUGCUAAUACUACAGUAAGUGCUACUUCUACAACUGCUAUCAUUAUCUACUAAUAGUUCUAACCUCGUAGUACUACUGCUACUUCUUCUGCUUCUGCUGCUUCUACUAUUGUAAGCACUGGUACUACUAAGUACUACUGCUACUACUACUACUUAAGUACUUUUACUAUUAAUACACUGGUAAGUGCUCCCUCUGUUUAUACUACUGCUACCGUGACCAGUAUCUACUAAUAGUUACAGCCUCUACUACCGCUCUGAACUACUGUCACCACUGUUAGUACCACUAGUACAACUACUAUUACUGGAGCUACAGUACCUCCUUUUGCCAGGAGAGGACAGAGGUGGAACACAGAGAAGAAGACUGUAACCAAUCAGCAGCCUGCUCAGCUGCACUUCCUCGACGACCACUUGGUGGAGCUCCAAGGAAACUUUAAGUGAAUAAGAAAAACCCAGAAAUACAUGAUUAAGACUUUGUUCUUUUCUGCACAGCAACAGAAUCUGAAGCUCUCUGAUUGGAUGGUUCUCAUAGCAAUGCAUGCUUGGACUUGUUGUCUUCUGUCAUAAAGUGACCUUUGGCUGAUUGAUUCUUUAUCAAACAAUAAUCUAAUAGAGAUUAUAGAUGUACGAAGUGUUUACAGAGUCUGAUCACAUGUUCAAAUCAAAUUAAAGGUUUAGACGCUUGUUGUUUUCAGAUGUACAUACUCUUGUGCUGUUAUUGUUGCAUUUUCUGAAAUAGUAAUGAUAACCUUUAUCUGUUUGUGAAAAUGAUUCUUGUUGAGUUUAAUAAAAUGUGUUUUACAGAAGUUA